AAAAGAGACACGCACACUCACCGGGGUGUGAACACUCAGCUACACGAACAAACCCAGGGACGUGAACCAGCUGUCGACACAGCCUGACAGUUGGACGACAUCCUGGACCUGAGGGGGACAAAGAAAGUGGAAGCAUGGAGAGGCCCAGAGGCUCGGCUGAGGACCCGUCUGCAGACAGUCCACAACAACCAAAGUCCAGAUCAGGCUCUGAAUGUCUUGGUCUGUCUCGCUGUGCCGCCUGCUACAACCAGAAGGCCAACUCCAUGUCGCGGCGGGGGGGAGACGGGGAGUCCAGCUCUUCAGCCGAAGACUCUGGUCCGGAGGUGGACAACGAGUCUGAAGCAGAGUCUAGCUCCAGCAGCAGCUGCUCUGAGCCUGUUGCGGCAGAAACGCCCGAGAAGCCUGAAACAGAGAAACACUCACCUGUAUGUGGAGACGCUGCUGAGCCCGAAUCUGGAGGAGAGGAUGGUGACAAAGAGGACAGUGAUGAAGAGGAUGGUGAUGGACAGAAGGAGAGGGGACACACGUCGGAAAGGGAACAGGAUCCAAACAGGACAAAGGGGAUGAUUCGAAGAGCUCCACUUGUCAAGUCUUUCUCCCUGCCUCCCUCCUUUACUCCGCGCCUCAUCCCUCUCUCCCUCCUGCCUCGCCCGCCGACGAUUGUCUCCACCCUCCAUCUGCAGGUGCUGCCCGAGAAACGCAAGGAUGACACCGUCUUCACCAUUCGCCAGCACCUGUCUGAGAGAGAGGAUGAGAAAACAGAGGAAGGUUAUGGAGGAAGAGGAGGAGGACGGCUGGGGAGCAUGAACAAUCUGCUGCUUCCACAGCCAUUUCAAUGGGAGCAGAUGGGGUUACCAUGGCAACAGAGGUCACAACCACCAUUACAGCAACACCAGUAUCAACAACAACAACAACAUCAGCUAAUGUCAUAUCAAUACCAAGAACAACAACCUCAACAUUUCCCUCCCCCCUUCGCUCAGGGUCAGGGGUUACCACCACCACCCUCACACACACUUCCUGUGUUACACACCCCGACUCUGUACACACCCCUGCAGGCACCGAAUGCACCACAGACACAUCUGCAUGCACUCACUCCAGAGCCGUGUUGGUACUGUUACCGUAUGCAGCUUCCCUACACAUACUGGAGUCAUUACAGCAGCGGACAGUUACCCAGAUAACCAGAGUGAAGCGGUGCAGCGGUCUCACAUACGACCAGUGAACACGUGAAACAUCCAAUAAACACACCAAGCUCAGGCCUCCUGCACAAAUGUUUUAGGCCCUUUAUAUGUUUAGAUUCUUAAUCAUGACACAGUCUCAUCAGGGAAGCGUCCGAUCCCACAUUCAUCCUGCAGCGUGAAACACACAGUCCGAGUCCUAAAGACCUUUCUUCAGAGACAAGAAGAACAAAGAGUCCUGCAGCAGAUGGUCUGGACCCCCCAGAACCGGAUCAAAACAUCAUGGAGUCAGUCAGAGACACAGAGACAGACUAGCUCCUGAGUGGACCUGUGACAUGAUUCUCCAAAAUGCUGGAACAACCUGCCUGUCCAGUACCUGAACAACUGUGUGCAGGUGUACUGUGGCUUUUAACUGACUUUAUCAAAACAAGAGUCUAAACUAGAGUCCACAGUCACGUCAGCAGCUCUGUGUCUGUGCACAACAGAGCUUUGAGCUAAAUGCAAAUGUCACAUGCUAACAUGACCCAACACUUCAUCCUGAGGGGAACAUGAACGUGUGAACCACAUUUCACGGCAAACCACCCAACAGUUGCUGUCACCUCUGUGAUUUUAUUUCUUCUGCUGUUUCACUUUGACUCGUCAUCUUAUCCAGUGCUCACUGCAGAGCUGUUAGAACAUACUUUCAUUACACAUCCAUCAGAAUCAAAACUACAUGGACGUCCUUUCUUUCUCAGCGCGAUCAGCAGUACUUUGGACUGCGUUACGACAUCGAAUCAUUUAAUAAUGAAUAUAAAAACAUAUUCCUCAGCCAGAACCUCGCGUCAUGUCCUGAGAGGAGGAAGUCAAUUACUGCAGCUGCUGGUACGAGCAGAAAGUGCAGGUGUUCGUUAGGCAGAGACAACAGAGCAGUCUCCUCUGUCUCACCUCCACAGAGCGGAGAUGGGACAGUUUCCAAAAGCAUGAAAAAAAAAAAAAACAACACACAA